AUGGCAGCAUUCCUAAUCGUCCUUUUAUAUUCUAAAGAUGAACACCGCACUGCUUUCUUUGGAGAGGAUGUUCAUAUUCCAGUGCCAGCUUUAGACACAACUGAGGUGUUGUUCAAGCCAAGGUUGGAUCCGCUGUCAGAGCGGGUUCUCCUGCGAGACGGGAAAAUUCUGGACUCCAGAGCUAAACUGAACGUGCACAUCAGCCAACUGAUCCUGGAGGAUGUGGGCGAGGAGGAUGAGGGCACAUACGUGGUGAAGAACUCUGCAGCCCCAGCUGAUGUCAGGCGAAUCAUUCUCAUAGUUAGAGACUGUGCACUAGAGACUGUGGUGAAAUAUGGAGAGGUGUAUCAUAUCCCAAUCAACCCUUCGAUUGGACCAUACACCCUUGAGUUCAGGCCUGGAGCUCACACUCCAGUUAACCAGACCACAGAGGUGCCGCCUGUGCUGCUUCUCAACCAGACCGGCAUCCCCACGCAAGAGUACGAGGACCGCCUCACCGUGGGCGAGAAGAGGGUCAACCUCCUUUUGGUGACAGGAGCCGAUGAGGGCAGCUACACAGUCGUGGACAGUGAUGAAAAAGUCCGAUUGAGAGCCUGCCUUAAUGUGAAAGACCACCAGAUCUUUGAGCACCUGAAUUAUGGUGAAACCUUGAAGAUCAAGCUUCACGUGGACCACACCAAAGUCAAAAUGGUCUACAUCCCAGACAUUGACCACAAGGAACGACUCAUCAUGGACCAGGGGGAGCUGACGGCACCUGUCGACUCUGUUCUCGAUGGUCGAGCGUCUGUGGAAGGAUCCAUGUUCUACCUGAAGAAGGUCAAAGUCGGUGACAUGGGUGUCUUUCGUGUGAUGGACUCUUUCGGCUUCCGCAUAGCUGACGUCUACCUUCACGUGCAGCCCUAUAAGCUGCCACAGCUCUACGUGGCGAUCAUCUCCUUGCUGUCUCUGCUUGCGUUCCUGCUGUUGGUGUGUCUGCUGUCCUGUCUGAUCAAGGUUCACCGUCGGGCGGAGAGAGCACGUAAGAUCGCCCUAAUCGCCCAACAGGCUGGCAAGGGCGACGGAGAGGCGUUCAGACAGGUGGUACAUGAGGUUUAUACUAGAUUUUCAGAGGAGCCCACUUUACAGUCCACAUGGGAGAACAACACCGAGAGCACAGAAGUUGAGAUCAAAGGUCUGGAGGUAUCAAAACCAGGUCAGUACCAGGCUCUCCAGUCUGAGAAGAACUUCUCAGAGAUGAACGACUCAGGCGUGGAGUUCAACUCGUCUGCGCUUCCUCUGGACAGUGACACAGAUGUCCCCGACUAUCUGGCCUCUCAGAAGUUCCUGCUGGAGUCCGAAACUCUCGCUGGCGUCCCGCCGGCCAUCUCUGAGGGCGACCACAGUGCCACUCGUACCCCUGAUUCCCUUCUGAGCGCCAGCCCCGUCGUCCAACCCAAAUCUGCGCCUCAGAUAGAUGGCGACUUAAUCGGCGUGACCACACCUGAAGAAACGACCAAAGCGGAUGAUUUGGAUGCGAAGACGAGCAAAGAUCCUUCACCAAAUUCUGAGAAAGCUCUGGAUCCAAGUAAUGGAACCACAACCUGAGCACUUCAAAGAAAAUUGAGUCGCACUGACAGGUGUGGCCAUGUUUCAUUCACUACAUCUCACCGUUUGACGUCUAAAAUGACACUUCAUCUCGCUUGGAUUGAUCUGUGGCAUAACAAAUGGUUUUUUGAUUAAGCAAAAAUCCUGAUCCGAUAAGAAAAAAACUAAUCUAAGAGAAGACAACAAAACUCACACAAAAAAAAUAAAAUUUGAAAAACAUCAGUCCUGCACUAUGCAUGCUUUUGAAUUACUGAGGACUAGUAUGAAGCCAAGUGCUAUAUUAGAGUGACCAUGUAGUGCAUGUGAAGACGAAAACACAUGUGUAAGACUUAAUACUUUUUUUAUUUUACCAAGCAAUGCAACAAGAACUAGAACUUUCACCAGAGAGUCAAACUGCCUGAAACUCCAAGGAAGUGUCAAGCAACAUAUGAAGCAGGUUGCAUUGGAUCUUACAUCGACAAAAUGCCAGAUUUUGAGAAUUUCUUCAUUUGUCAAUUCAAAGUAGGAUUCAUUCCAAGAUCAAACAUGUUUCCCC